CUACUAUAUAACAAAUAAUUUGAGGAUCAGAUGUCAUGAAGGCUAUCCCACUAAUACUACUAUUAUCUCUCACCCAGUCUAUACGUUCCAAUUCACGCUUCAAACGGAAACACAGUUACACAGAUCUUAGGGAACGGGGUAAAGAAACUACUGAACUUCCUGCUUAUAUAGUUGGUGAUAAGACUUUGGAAAAAGGUCCUGAACUGGUUGAUGAUAAGGCGUCUGCUGUAAUAGUUCCCGCUGUUCUACCAGAUAAGGCACCAGAUAACAAUGAUAAGGCAUCUGAUACAGUAAUUCCUGGUGAGGUGCCUGAUGAUGAUGAUGAUAAGUCACCAGAUGAUGGUGAUGAUAAGUCACCAGAUGAUGGUGAUGAUAAGUCACCAGAUGAUGGUGAUGAUAAGUCACCAGAUGAUGGUGAUGAUAAAGCACCUGAUGAUAAUCCUUCUGUUGAACCAAGUGGACCACCCCCCAUAACGAUGCACGGCUGGUUUAACGUGUCAGCUCUAGAAGAUGUACCCUGCAACCUGGACACAACCCCUCUACAGAUAAAAACAGACGGUCAACUGACCGGGGAAAAAGAGAUAAACUUAGAAGUAGCGUUUUUUGGAGGAAGUAAGAAGGCCCUGACCAUAAACCUGGAAACCAGUCCUAAGAUUCAGAUAAGUGGCUGCACUGAAACUCCUAUCCCACUGACUAACAUUUCACAUUUAGUUGGGGCGGAAGCGGUUGUUUGGACGGUAUCUAAAAGUGAGACCAGCUUGACUGUUAUCAGUAACAGUGUUGAGUCUCUGAAAUACGAAUUCGGCACUUCAACUGCCAACUGUUCAACUCACUGGAAGGGGAACACCACACAUGUCACCUUCACUACAUCAGACACCGCCUCUCACGAGCGCAGACUAAAGCCCCAGAACUGCACCUCCAUUCCCGGUGACUGGCACACCCACUUCCGUUCUGAUAAAAGCUUCCCAGUGAGCUCUGGAACUGUUGUGGGAGUGACAUGUGUCCACGGAGACUGGAACAUUGGGGAUUCCUCCAUCGUUUGUAAUACUAACCUCUACUCAGACUUUGAGUACAACAAGGCCCCCUGGUGUUUGGAGAUGGACACUUUUGGAUCUGAAGUUAUAGAAGGUUCCAGAACUACCCUAACUUGUAAACUUAAAAACGUGCCUAGAGAGGGGAACUACCGGGUUAGUUGGAAAGUUAACAAGACCAAGACUACAGACGGAGUGGAGACGGGGGAUGUAGUGGACGGUCAGAUGCACUCUACUAUUGACGUGAAGAUGAGUUCAGCAGGGUUGGGGUAUUGGUGUUACGUUGAGGGGUAUGAAGAUUGGGGGAGAGAGGUCGUACUGAAUACCUUCACCAUGAAGGAUGAUAGCAAGGAUUCUAGAGUUGGUGAUACUGCGGUGCUAGGAUGUUUUGUAGAGGAGAUUACUGUUCAUCCUAACUCUCCGAAAGUAGUGUGGAAAAUGGGCGACAACGUGCUCACAACAGGUUCGGAUUACAAGAUAACAACCCAAAUGGAGCCCAAAAAUUCCCAACUGCAAUCGUUUCUGCAAGUCAAGAACCCGUCAGGAGAUUACAAUUUCUCUUGUGAAGUAACCUCAGGCCUGUAUCCUACCUCUCCUACCGCAACAAAAGUAGUCUUAUUAGACACAUACAAAAUGUCUACUGAGUGCGUUAUAAGAAACAAAGAUCAAAGUGUGGUGGCGUGCCAAGUUGAGGACAUAGCAGAAGAGAUGAAGAUAAGAUGGUACAAGGAGGAGUCCGAGCUGACAGGUGCGCUACAGUCGUUUGAGCAGGGAGUACAGCGCAGCGUGCUGUUUCUUAAACCGGGAAUAUGGGAUCACGAUAUUUAUACAUGCCGAGUGGACUCGAUCAAGAGACCUGAGUCUGCGUCCAGCAACCAGUUUGUUAAUCUGGCAACCAUAGAACCUGAAAAUGGGGGGACCUCACUGCUGGCAUCUCCCGUUAUUUGGUGCCUUGUAGCUGGUUCUGUUGUGCUGUGCGUGGGAGUUGGGAUGCUGUCUGUUUACCUUUUUAAAGUACGCAAAAGAAUGGAAACGCUGAUGUUCCGGCUGAGUACGCGCGAGAAAAUUGAUUCAAUUUCUGAGAGACCCGGAACUAUUCUGAGAAACAGGACUGUUAAAAGAGAUGCUGAGUCCCUGAGACAGACUCUAGAUAGGAGACCCCCUAAUGUUCAGAGAAUGUCUGAGAUUGCUGAUAGAGGGUCGGAUGAUGUUUUUGAUUGAUUUUAAGUAGUUUUUGUAUUUUAUUUUGAUUUCUGGUCGUUUAGGUGUAUAUAGCAAGUUUUAAAUUGUGCUUUCGUUUUGUAGCGAAAUGGC